CUGGGCAGUUAUAUCAUCACCAGUGGUGGAGAGAGGAGAAGGACUUGUGUCAACACAGUACUAAUCUUCACUGCAGGCUACAGUGUGUGAUAUCAACAGGCCCUGGAGACACGUCCCGUUCACACCGCGCCGUAGCCACGGGAGAGUGAUGGUGCUCCCGAGCAGUCCGAGGAGCGGAAUUACAAUUUCUCAGCUGCCAUUCAAACACACAGAGGCUCCACGGCGGAGAGGAGGGGACGGGGAGGACGCCUCCGUUCAUCCAUCCAUUCAUCAAUCCGCCGCUCACUAACCGCUCUCUCCGCCGCCCGGACCUCCCCGCGAGGCGCGAGACAACACCACGAGCUUCGGCAGCGGCGGCCGUGAACAACGGUCGUCGCACGCGCACACCGGUGAGAGGGGGGCCGCGGGGAGGACGCUCCGCGUGGAGAGAACAGAGCCCGUCUGUCAGUGCUAGUCCCCGGUGUGGAUGAGGAGACACACAGGGGGAGACAGGACCACUGCAAAACUCCCGUUUUUCAGCCUCAGACUGCACAUUUAACUGAGGGUCCUCCCUGGUUGCUGAUCUGAAGCUCUGGUCCUCAUCUCUGGCUGGGGUAGACAGCCGCGCCCCCUUAGUGAAGAGCACCAUGACCCAGGAGGGGCAGGCUCUGCCCUCUCCCUCCCCUCCAGAGAACCCAGUGGAGCCCAAUCCAGUCACCACCACCACCGACCCACCCACAGAGACGCACAGCCAGGCAGAGGAGGACAAGCUGGGGGCCGGGGCACAGGCCGAGAGCCAGGAGGUGAAACAACAAGAAGAGAUCAGAGAGGGAGAGGAGGAGGCUCAGGGGGAGACACAUGGGGAAGGAGAGGGGAGGGAAGAAGUAAAAGAUGAGGGAGGAGAGUUGAAAGAGGAGAAGGUGGAUGGCACUGGUGAUGAGGAUCAACAAACAGAUGGAGGGGCGGAGGGAGAGAGGGAAGGGACGAGAGGGGAAGGAUGUAUAAAUGAGGAGGUAAGCUCAACGGGGGAGGAGGCAACACAUGAAGAGGAGGGGAUGAAAGAAGAAGAGGAGGGCAAGAGAAAUGAAGAGGUGCAAGCGUCUACAGAGGAGGAGGCAACUCACCCUGAACAAGCUGGGCGACUGGCAAAUGGCAUAGGUGGGAAUGAAGACGACGACGAAGCAGGUGAGGAGGACGAGGAAGGAGAUGAGGGGGGGACUCACACACACUUGGACACUUUCAGCUCUAACUUUGAGACAACUGUAGAACAGGCCGACACAGAAGUGGAGGAAGAGGAGGAAGAGGUCCAGAAAGAGGGAGAUGGGAGAGAAAACCAGGACAGUUUCAGCUCAGCAUUUGAGCAGAUUGUUGAGCAGGUUGAUGUUCAGGAGGAGGAAGAUGAUGAAGAGGAGAGGGAGUUGGAGGAGGAAAGGGAGAAGGGUAGGGUGGACAACAAAGACGGCUUCAGCUCCACGUUCGAGCGCAUCGUGGAGUCUGCCCUGCUAAGGGGCGGGACCUGCUACAGCAGCCUGGACUCUCUGGACGUGCUGUCACUCACAGAUGAGACGGACAGCUGCGUCAGCUUUGAGGCACCACUGACGCCGCUCAUCCAACAGAGGGCGCUGUUACAGGGUCCUGAACCUCUGGAGCUGGAGCUGGCAACUGUUCAGGAGCAAGAAGGGGCUGAGGCGGGACCAGACUCCCCAGGUGAUCUCACUGAUGAUGGCAGCGUCCCUGGAGCUGGAGCUGGGGCUGGAGUAGGAGGAAGCCCACUGAGGACCACCAUACCAGGGAGCAGGUCAGAGUUUGUGUUGAGCCAACCUGGACGCUGGGCCAUCCCCAAUGGAUACCACACAGACUCCCAGGGAGCCAUGAUCAACUCUGUCAGUGAUGCCAACCUCACAGACGUGCUGUCUGACUCAGAAGAGUGUGAUUUGGGCAGUCUGGAGCGUUUGGAGCGCGGCAGCACCGACACUUUGGCCAAUGGCUGCCGAGCCGACUGUGAGGCGGCCAAGAGGCUGGCCAAGCGCCUCUAUCACCUCGAGGGCUUCAAACGCUGUGAUGUGGCCAGACACCUGGGCAAGAAUAAUGAGUUCAGCCAGCUGGUGGCAUCCGAGUACCUGAGCUUCUUUGAUUUCUCCGGCCUGUCGCUGGAUCGAGCCCUGAGGAACUUUUUAAAGGCUUUUCCACUGAUGGGUGAGACUCAGGAGAGAGAGAGGAUUCUGGUACAUUUCUCCAGACGCUUCUGUCACUGCAACCCACAGACACUCACCUCUGAAGGUCAGAGCUACGAGCAUGAUGAUGCUGAUGACAACGACAAUGGAGCCCACACAUUAACCUGUGCCCUCAUGCUGCUCAACACCGAUCUACACGGACAUAACAUUGGGAAGAAGAUGUCUUGCCAGCAGUUUAUCAGUAAUCUAGACGGCCUCAACAACGGCAAAGACUUUCCCAAAGACUUAUUAAAGGUCUUGUAUAACUCCAUCAAGAAUGAGAAGCUUGAGUGGGCAGUUGAGGAGGAGGAGCUGAGGAAGAGUCUGUCAGAGCUCGUGGAGGAGCAGUGUGAGGGCGGGAGUAAGCGUGUUGCCAGGGUAACGGACGGCAGUAACCCUUUCAUCGCCAUCCCCAUCCUCUUAAACGCCGUCACCUACAAACAUGGAGUGCUGACCCGCAAGAGCCACGCUGACAUGGACGGCAAACGCACCCCGAGGGGUCGGCGCGGUUGGAAGAAGUUCUAUGCGGUCCUGAAGGGGAUGAUCUUGUAUCUCCAGAAGGAUGAGUACAAGCCUGACGCUGACAUUUCAGAGGUGGACCUGAAGAACGCAGUGCGGAUCCACCACGCUUUAGCCACUCGUGCCACAGACUACAGCAAAAGAGCCAACGUACUGAAGCUGAAAACCUCCGACUGGAGAGUCUUUCUGCUGCACGCACCGAGUGAGGAGGAGAUGAUGUCUUGGAUCUUCCGGAUAAACCUGGUGGCAGCGCUGUUCUCUGCUCCGGCCUUCCCUGCCGCCAUCGGCUCCAUGAAGAAAUUCUGCCGGCCCAUCCUGCCGUCUUCCUCCACCAGACUGAAACAGGAGGAGCAGCUGCUGAGUCACGAGAGCAAGCUGAAGCAGAUGAGCCUGGAGCUGGAGGAGCACCGGAAAAACUCGCCCUCAGCCGACCCCAAAAGCCGCGAGUGGGAGGAGUACCGGCUCAAAGAGCACUACCUCACGUACGAGAAGACACGGUAUGAGACGUACAUCAGCCUCCUGCAGGCUAAAAUCCGCGCAGAGACGGACGACCUUGAAAAGAUCGAGGCGAGCGUGAUGGGUGGCCUGAUCAUGGAGGGUGGGCUGGCCGGCCGCGAGUGUCACCUCCGCAAGACGCAGUCCUCCCCGUCCAUCAGUCAGGCUCACAGCGGGCUGAACGGGAGGGCUGCCCCGGGACAGAGGAGCUGAGGGAAGACAGGAGGACCAGGACAACAUCACCCCCCCAAGCCAAACUAGCUUAAUCCCCCAACGUCUUACUGGGUUUUUCUGUUAGUAUUUUGUGUUUCGGGUUCCUCCGUUCCUGCUGGAGAAACGACUGUCAUCGUCCUUAGAAUUUAUCAGCCCUGGUGAUAAGUUUCUGUCCUUGAGCAAUAGAUGAAGAAAAGCCCAACAAGUGACCCUGCCAAACCUCAGUCCCUUGAACUCUUAUUAUUGCACAUUCAAAUGAUCAUAACUGUGAUCACUAUUUAUGACAACAUCAUCAGUAUUAUUUUGAAAUGAAACUCAAAGCGAUGCAGAGGUCUUUAGCUGAAAUGUGUUUUUAGUUAUGAGCAGAGCUUUGACUCAUUUAUAAUGUGUUCAUUUAAGGCCAGAGAGAGAACAAAGAAGGAGAGACAGACUGCCUUUGUCCUCUCUGUCCUGCCCUCAUCCUGCGCUCCAGGAUUCAGAUGGAGACGGUACUACUGUAGCAUUUUGGCCUUUGUUCCACUCAUGUUUACACACCCGGCCGCUCACAGGCGUGUGUAUGGACCUGCAGCGUGGGUGGAGUGGGGCAAGUGAAGAUACCACAUAUCUGUCCCAGAGUUACAAGAAACUCUUAAAGGAACUUCUCAGAAGGAUCAAGUCCCUGCCAUGUAUAGCAUAUUUAUUUAUUUAUUUAAUUCUCCUAACCUUUAUUCGCCCCAGGAAGGGUUUUACACUGAGCAUGCUCGCUCUUUUUCAGCAAUUUCCGUAUUGACAUUCAUACAGUUACAUACAUCUGUGAGUGUAAAGGAGCUGGCGAGUGGUUUUAACUGUUCACUAAGCUGCUCCGCCAGAGGAACUGGAGGUUGAGUGCCUUACUCAAGGGCACCUUGACACUAGAUGUUGAGGGAUUUAGAGAGUGUUAGUCAGUCACUUGUCAGAGGGAUCACAAGUCUGUUUAUGUGAUUUUUAAGCUGCCACUACCCCAAAUACUGACAUGUAGUCAAUUAUUCUGUUUGUGUUUCCAACAAGUUAAAUCUGAAGUGAAGUGGAAUUAGGGUAUGUGACUGAAUGAAAGCACUGUGCCAUGUUCUGUUUUAUCCUACAAACCACUCUCCUUAUAUCACAACAGAGUGAUAAUAAGCUGAUGUUUAUCAGUAUAUGUUUGGUUUGUGAAGAUGGAAGUGAAGGGCAGAACAGGAAAGUGUGGGUGGGAGGCAGCUGGUGUAUGCGUGUGUGCAUUGGCUUACUCUUUUUAAAGUGGUUCCAGUUGAGAUGUUGGAGCUGUAGGCAACAGGAAGAAGUACAUUUAGCAGGGUCAUGUUUUUCUAUGAAGACUUUAUUGAGCAUGUUUUGUGAGAAACAAUCCCAUGGCCUUCUGCUGAAUAAGACUGACAUCACAAUCGGGCCUGGAGCUCUCAAAAGCAUCUUCAGCACAAAGGCAGACAUCGUUCUUUUGACAGAAUAUGUAACUUUACUUGUUGAAGCGAAGGUUGUCCUGAAGGCGAAGAUACAUUUUAUGAGUCUUUUCUAAAUAGUUUUCGCUCCUGUGUAUGAUUUUAGAACAGGUGAAAAAAAGCUCGUAAAUUCCUUACUUUUAGAAAAAAAGACUGACUAUUAUUUUUGUCUGGACCUUCUUCUUUUUGUAUUUGUUGUUGUAAUACUCAUUUUGGCCACAAGAGGCUGAAGAGCACCACUAUAGAACUAAAAUCUUUUAUGCUUCCUCCGUUUAAUUUCUCUAUGCACAGUACACACAAGGUACAAAUAUUGUGUGUUUGCAAGUUUUGUAACAUUACUGUUGUGAAGGCUUUCUUUCAUUGGUUAAACUUCCAACUCAAAAGUGGAGAAGUGUGCCCGUUUCCAUGACUUUAGCUAUGCAGUCCAUUUCACCUAGCUCGUAGCUGUCGGUUAAUGUCAGUACACCUUACCCUAACGGCAGGUUUUUAGUCUAAAGAAAAACAAGGCAGAAAUUUUACAUCACUUUAAGAUAUAUAGUAUAUGUAAGUUGUGUUUAUAGUGCAUGGAGCAAUAAAAAAAUAACCUGAAGAAAACAUGAAUGUGUUUAAUCGUAUUGAGACCAUUAGGUAGUGCACUAGUUCAGCCUCUUGGGUCUGAAAUAAUAUAAUAAUAACAAACUUGAAGCGGCAACCUCCAGAGCUGAAAAAUGCAAACGCCAAAGUGCCAUAAGCUGUAGUUCCUUCACCAGCCACUAGAGGCUGCCACCAAAAGUGAGUCAAUCCUCAUAGACCCCCAUAUUAAAAUGCCCGAUUUCACAGCAGAAAUAAACAUGUUAACAGCUGGGCACAAAAAAAAGGUUUUGGUCUCAAUAGCAAAUGUCCUCCUUCAUUACUGUGAGGGGUAUGAUUUUUAUUAAAACAUUUUUUUUUUUUUACAGCUGACCCAUUUAGAUUAUAAUAAGGCUUAAAGUUAUGUAUAAUUAAGGGCAUGGCCGCUUUGGGUGACAGGCUGUUGCCCUCACAGGUGGCCCGCUGCUGCAUUCAGCCCGCCUCAGCGAUCCCCUGCUCCACCUCUUCGGCCCUUUUUCGGACUAGCCGGGAGUUUGGAGGAGUCCAAGCAUUGUUGAGAUUUCACUUCUGCGCUUCAGAAGCCUAUGGGGGAAGUCACCAACACUAUGAACAUAUUUUAAUAAGAAAAUUAGAAGAAUGACCCAGACAACAACAAAAAACCCUGGCAAAACUUUUUUUCAACUGUUCUCACAAUUUUAAAAAAUAAUACUAAAUUAGAAAGAUAUUAUCCUGGGAAAACCGUUUUUUGACCUGUUCUAAACACACGAGGAAAACAAUUUAGAUCAAAUUUAGAAAAUGCAUCACCAGAAUUGUUUUUCUCACUAGCCUCUCAGAGCUUCCAUACAGAUAUCAUUUUGCAAAAAAUCUACCUUUACCUCUUAAAACAGAGCAUCUUACCAAUCUAAGUUCUGACUGAUAACAUGUGACAUGGACCUAUCAUUGCUUGCUUGGCCUCAUAUUGGACAUUUGCUAGUACUGCUGUGUUCUUCCUAACAGCUGAAGAUGUUUUUGGGAAAGCAGGGUCUUGCCUGUUUAGGACAGAGUUCAGCUGAUUGGACAGUGUAGCAGCAGGACUGCUCCAGCUCAAUGUGCUAAAGUCAAGAAACCUGUCAGCAUACUGGAACGGAGAGGGGACCAGCAGCAAAACAACUCCACCAGCAGAGUAGCCAUCAAAACAUCCCCCACGUGGGGGAGGAGGAGGAGGAGAAAAGACUUGUUUUCUAAGAAGAAGAGGCUGGUUUGAUUUUCUAGGUAAGACCGUCUCUACCAGCCAAGAACAGAGAAAACAGACAUCCAGCACAUGUUUUUCCUAAUAGAAGAACACAACAUAUUAAGCCCGUUUCUCAUGGAAGAAGUACUCGUGUAAUGUUGUGGGGAUGUGGUGGUACCGCUGUUUGUGAGCACCUUAAUUGAUCCCAGCCCACCCAAACACACACCCUUUCUCUUUCUACGUAAUUUGCUUAUGACACAACUGUAGAUCAGUGAGCUUAGUGCCCCCUCACUCAGCCCCAGUGUGGCACAGAAGCAUGAGCUGUGGUUAUGAUAUCUUUGGCUCGGGACACAGCGCUUCUGUUGCUUCGUAUAUCAUAUUAAUAGUGACUGAUAGGAUCUGAGGCUCCUUCUGGGACUUGGCUGGAAACCUGGAAUCACAGCUGGAAUCCUGGAAGCAGAUCCUUGUACAGACCAAAAUGCUGAAGCGGAGCUGAGUUUUCAGAGAGGAAAUACCAUUUUAUAAAGCUGUAUUGUUAGGAUAAUAACUGCUUUCUUACAGGGAGACUUCCCCUUAUAGUCACUUUGGCUGUUGUGCUAACCAUUGUUUCCCAAUGUUCUAGGGUAGGCCUGUGCUGUAAUAUAGGAUUGUGACAAAAAUAUUUGUUGAUUGUUAUGUUUUAUUUAAAAAAAAAAGACAACUUCGGCACUUUGAUGUCAGCAUUGGAUCUGUCUUUUUGUUUGUUUUGUUUGUAUAUCUGAACUGUUUUUUGACAGGAUGCUUAUACUAUGUAAAGGACAUAUUUACUGAAUAUUUAGUCUGUGCUUCAUAAAGUAAGCUUUUAUACAGAU